AAGUCCACCUGCUUAUUUCCUGGAUAUUCUGCAUUACCGGUUCUAGUGUAGCUAUGACUGCUCGGAGCAGAGGAGCUUGUUUGGUUACAUGAUCACACCUUCUCACUUUAGUCUCGUACAGUGGACAGGAAUGCAGCAUGGUGUAUCUGCAGAGAGAAAGCCUUGGGUUUCCAACUGAUUUUUGCUUAAAACCAUGAAUGUUAGUUCAGCCAGACCUGAAGUCGUAACACCAAGGGACACCAAGAGACAUACCGCUACAAUUCCCAACAUCUUGGAGCGCACAACCUCUGUAAGGCAGUAGAAAGCAUGGACAUUAAAGAGGACGAGCUGGAUUCGGACACAUCUGGAUGGUGGAAGGUAAAGCAGUUUAUGGAGAAGUUUGGUAAAAAAGCAGAAAUUCACUUUAUAAAUCUGAAUAACUGUGGUCUGACUGCUGCUGGCAUAAAAGAGCUGGGUUCAUUGAUGUCAUUUCUCCCAGAUGUUGAAGAAAUCGAUCUUUCUUGGAAUGAGUUGGUUGGUGGAGCUAUGAUGAUGCUCACCCCACACCUCUGCCAUGUCAGUAGACUGAGAAUAUUGAACUUAAGUAACUGUGGUCUAACAGCGGAUGAUGCUGGUGCUUUAGGAGAAGCACUACAACAUAUUCCUAAUUUGCAAGACCUGGAUUUAUCAUGGAACAGUCAUCUUGGAGGAGCCUUAUCCAGACUCACCCAGCACUUCUCAAGCAAUUGUGAAUUAAAAUCAUUAAAUUUAACAGAGUGUAGCCUUCAAGCAGAGGAUGGUGAUUCCCUAGCACGGGCUUUUAGCAAGAUGGCAAGAAUGGAAGUUUUGGAACUUUCAGAAAACAAGGAGCUUGGACUUGCAAUGAAGAACAUUACCGAAGAACUAAAAAACUGCUCCUGCUUGUGUGUUUUAAAACUGCGCUCUACUGGCCUAGGGCAGGACAGCAUCAAGUAUCUGAGUUCUGCAUUUCAGUAUUGGCCUUACUUGAGAAAAUUGGAUCUAUCAUGCAAUAAGGCAACAGGGGGUGGAUUCCGUGAGGCUGCGGCUCGUCUGACGGCCUUCAAACGACUGGAACUACUAGACAUUCAUCAAUGCUGCCUUUCCAAGGAUGAUGUUACAGCACUGACCCAGGUCAUACCUCUUCUUUCCAACCUUCAGACUUUGGAUCUGUCAUCCAACAAAAGCAUAGGACUUACUUCUGAACAUCUAUUCAGCCGACUACGUUUUUUGCCUAAAUUAAAAUCCGUGAAUAUCAGCAAAUGCACAUUAAAGAAAGAAUCCUUUGCAGGACUGGCUGAAGCCUCGCAUUAUCUGAUGGACCUUCAGAUGCUGGACCUUUCCUGGAAUAAAUGUGUUGGAGGAAACCUGAAACUGCUUUCGGAAACUCUGAAGAAUGCAACGGGUCUACAAAGCCUCCUUCUGAGCAGCUGCAAUUUGGUGGCACAGGACCUGGCAGUUCUAGCCUCAGCAGCACAAAAUGGUAAUCUGGAAAGACUGGAGCAGCUGGACAUUGCCUACAAUGACACAGUGCCUGAUGAGGGGUGGUCUUUGUUCUUUGAAAGUCUGUCCGCCCUGAAGAACAUUGUUGAAUUAGAUAUUAGCCUCAGACCUGCUUCCUCCCGUGAAUGUGGACCAUGGUUCAUUCAUUUGCUAUCCAACGUGGUUAAGCUACCAAAGCUGAAGGAACUGGGACUGCAACGCUGGGCGCUGUCUACAGCCGAGCGUCAGCAGCUGAGCCGUAUACAAAUGGAGGUUAAGAUCAAUAUACACCAGGACUAAUCUUUCACAUAUACAUGGACAUCAUGAGUUUCAAAAGCUUUAGUGGGAACCACCUUUAAAGGGAUUGCCCCGCUUCAGCGAAUGGCAUUUAUCAUAUAGAGAAAGUUAAUACAAGGCACUUACUAAUGUUGUGAUUAUCCAUAUUGCUUCCUUUGCUUGCUUGAUUCAUUUUUCUAUCGCAUUAUACACUGCUCGUUUCCGUGGUUACGACCCUGCAAUCCUGCAACGGGCUUGUACACUAUAGGAAAAAGCACUGGCCUUUGUGCACUCCCACAGUCCCAGCCUCCAUAGAGGCCAGCGCUUUUUCCUAUAGUGUGCAAGCACAGCCACCGAUGCAGGAUUGCAGG